AAUUUGUGGUUCAUCCUCAUCCAAAAAUUCUCAAUAAUUCACUUCAAUUCAUCAAUCCAAAAACACACACACACUCUGACACACACACACUUCUCUUUUAACUAACUCACACUUCAAACAUCAAAUUCAGAAACAAAUUAAUGCAAAUUCUAUAAUCUGAAUAUUAUUGAAGUUGGUUAAUUUAUUUAUUUAUUUCUGAAUGGGUUGCAUUUAUUCACGUGUUUGCAUCGGUGAAACUUGCAAAGGUUCAAGCAUCAAUGGUGACCAAAUUUCAUCGCAACAAUUUCACGAAAUCAACAAUUUAUCAACAAAUUCUUCAUCAGAACUUCACCAAAUGGAAAUUGGUGAUCAAUUUAAUCAAUUAAACUCAACAAGAGAUUCAGAAGCUGGAAUUCGUAGAUUAGCUAGGGUUUCAUCUCAGUUUCUUCCACCAGAUGGUUCAAGAAUAGUGAAAAUUCCUUCAAAUGAGUAUGAAUUGCGGUAUUCUUAUCUUUCUCAACGUGGUUAUUACCCUGAUGCACUUGAUAAAGCGAAUCAAGAUAGUUUUUGUAUUCAUACGCCAUUUGGAACUGAUCCUAAUGAUCAUUUUUUCGGUGUUUUUGAUGGUCAUGGUGAAUUUGGAGCGCAAUGUUCGCAGUUUGUUAAGAGGAAGCUUUGUGAGAAUCUAUUGAGGAAUUCUAGGUUUGGUGUUGAUGCUGUAGAGGCUUGUCAUUCGGCUUUUUUAGCGACGAAUUCGAUGUUACAUGGUGAUGUUUUAGAUGAUAGUAUGAGUGGAACAACUGCUAUAACUGUUUUGGUUAGAGGGAAAACUGUUUAUGUAGCGAAUUGUGGUGAUUCGAGGGCGGUUAUAGCCGAGAAAAGAGGAAAAGAUGGUGGUGUUUUGGCUGUUGAUUUGUCUGUUGAUCAGACACCAUUUAGGGUUGAUGAGUUUGAAAGAGGGAAAGUUUGUGGUGCUAGGGUUCUUACUUUGGAUCAAAUUGAAGGGUUAAAGAAUCCUGAUGUUCAAUGUUGGGGUAGUGAUGAAGAAGGUGAUGAUGGUGAUCCACCUAGGUUGUGGGUCCCAAAUGGGAUGUAUCCUGGUACUGCUUUUACAAGGAGUAUUGGUGAUUCUAUUGCUGAGACUAUUGGUGUUGUUGCUAAUCCUGAGAUUGUUGUUUUUGAACUCACACAUAAUAAUCCAUUUUUUGUUAUUGCUAGUGAUGGUGUUUUUGAGUUUCUUUCUAGCCAAACUGUGGUUGAAAUGGUUGCGAAAUUCAAAGAUCCACGCGAUGCUUGUGCUGCGAUAGUGGCAGAAUCUUAUCGACUUUGGCUACAGUAUGAGACUCGUACAGAUGAUAUUACAGUCAUCAUUGUGCAUAUAAAUGGGCUAAAUGAACCCGUUGUCGCUCAUUCAGCAAGUUAUAGCGAUGUUAUACGAACCACUAUCCCUCAAGUCGUAGAGCUGACAGGUUCAGAAUCUCCUUCCACAUUUGGCUGGAAUGCUAGGAAUCAUCGUGUAAGACAGGAGUUGUCAAGGGCUCGCCUCCGAGCAAUUGAAAACUCCCUUGAGAAUGGACAAGUUUGGGUUCCUCCACCUUCAGCUCACAGAAAGACGUGGGAGGAAGAAGCACACAUAGAGAAGGCAUUGCAUGAUCAUUUUCUCUUCCGAAAGCUUACCGAUUCUCAGUGUCAUGUUUUAUUGGAUUGCAUGCAAAGAGUUGAAGUCCAACCUGGGGAUAUUAUAGUCAAACAGGGCGGAGAAAGUGAUUGUUUUUAUGUUGUUGGCAACGGAGAAUUUGAGGUCUUGGCGACUCAGGAAGAAAAGGAUGGGGAGGUACCUAGAGUUUUGCAGCGCUACACAGCCGAAAAACUGUCGUGCUUUGGGGAACUUGCUCUGAUGUACAACAAACCACUCCAAGCUUCUGUGCGUGCCGUAACAGAAGGAACACUUUGGACUUUAAAGCGAGAAGAUUUUCGAGGGAUUUUAAUGUCAGAAUUCUCUAAUUUGUCAUCGUUGAAGUUACUUCGGUCCGUAGAUCUCCUCUCAAAAUUGUCGAUUUUACAACUGAGUCAGAUUUCUGACUCCCUUUCCAAAGUUUCCUUCUCAAGUGGACAGACAAUAAUUGAUAAAAAUGAAGUCCUUGCAUUGUACAUUAUCCAGAAGGGACGUGUAAAAAUAACGUUUGACACCACUUUAUUGACAAGUCCAAAUACCUACAGCCUCAAGUCUGACAUCGAAAAUGAGGAUGACGAUUUACCGAGCAGAACAGAACUGUCAAUAGAGAAGCCCGAGGGAAGCUAUUUUGGUGAAUGGGCCCUUCUUGACGAACACAUUGGUUCCAUAACCGCUGUUGCUGUGGAUGAUGUUGUAUGUGCUUUACUAACAAAGGACAAAUUUGAAUCAGUUAUUGGCUCCUUACAAAAGAUUUCUCAGGAAGAUAACAAGUUGAGUGAUAAUUCGAAGGAAUCGACCGGAAAUUUUGAAUUCUCAUCGCUUGAUAAAGUCCAGCUCUCAGAUUUGGAGUGGAGAAUGACAGUAUAUUCCACUGAUUGCUCUGAGAUUGGACUUGCAAAUUUAAGAGACUCAGAAAAUGUGCUUACUUUGCAGAAAUUUUCCAAGCCAAAAGUGAAAAGGCUAGGAAAGGAAUCACAAGUCUUGAAAGAGAGAGAUUUGAUUAAGGGUGUGAGCUCUUCAGCUUGUGUACCACAAGUUUUAUGCACCUUUGCCGACCGCAGAUAUGCUGGAAUACUGCUAAAUACACGCCUUGCCUGCCCUUUGUCUUCCAUACUUUCAAGUCCUUUGAGCGAAUCAGCAGCCCGAUUUUGUGCUGCUUCUGUUGUUACUGCCUUAGAAGACUUGCACAAGAAUGGUGUUCUGUAUAGAGGUGUCUCACCUGAUGUUUUGAUGUUGGAUCAAUCAGGACAGAUACAGUUGGUGGACUUCAGAUUUGGAAAGAAGCUAUCUGACGAGAGAACAUUCACAAUUUGUGGGAUGGCAGAUUCGCUCGCUCCAGAGAUUGUUUUGGGAAAAGGCCAUGGUUUCCCUGCCGACUGGUGGGCAUUGGGAGUUUUAGUAUAUUUUAUGAUACGGGGCGAAAUGCCAUUUGGAUCAUGGAGGGAAAAUGAACUUGAUACAGUCGCCAAAAUUGCGAAAAGGAAACUAAAUCUUCCAGACACUUUUAGCCCUGAAGCUGUUGAUCUCAUCUCCAAGUUACUUGAGGCAGAAGAAAAUACUAGAGUUGGUAGCCAAGGUUCUGAUUCUGUCAAAAGUCACUCAUGGUUUAAUGGUAUUGAUUGGGAAGGAAUUAGACAUCACACUUUCCCUGUUCCUACCGAAAUUAUUUCUCGCAUAACACAGUACUUGGAAGCUCAUUCCGAGGAUUAUACCGCUUCUAUAGGGUCUCCAUUACAUGAGGUAGAAGAACUUAAUGUGCCUGAAUGGCUUGAGGAUUGGUAGAAGAAUGAGCAGUAUAGAAAAUAGUGGUUUAUUCAAAAUCCUCUAUGCUACAGUGCUAUACCGUCGAUAUAACAGCUAUUUGACUAUGUACUUAAUAGUGUAUUGAUGUAUAUCAACGAUUUGUUCAAAUUCUGUUAUACUAUAACGCUAUAGUGCCGUUAUGACUGCUAUUUGACAACAUCAAAUUAUAUGGAUAAAUUGCAGUCCAAGAAUGCAAUUGACCAUAAAAUGCAAAGAGAGCAAUGGACCUGGAAUAUCCUCCCUAGAUCAAUCUUUUAGUUGCUGAAUGGGUAGGGUAGGUUUAAUAUGUUCUAUAUCUCUUCACCUCUUUCAUUUUGUAUGAAUUUUUUUUUUGUAGUUCCUCUUUUCUGUAAAUAGUAUAUAGUAUAUGUUCAUGAUUGAAUUUGUUUUUAUGUUCAAUUGACAGUCAAGCAAUUUAUAAUUUUUUAUGUCAUGGACAAAUUUGUCCAUAUUUACACC